AUGUUUUCAUUUAAUGUUAAAUUAUCGUCGUCAUUUUUAUUUUUGUUAAUUUGUCUGUGUAACAUAAAUGUUGUUCUUUGUGAUGAGGAAUGUGACGAUGAUCACAAGUGUCAUCGAGAUUCCAAGUGUAUAAAAGUGUCUUUAGGCCAAAAUAACUAUAAUUUGUGCGUCUGUAACCCCGGAUUUACUGGCUGGGACUGUUCUACACCCUUAGAUUAUUGCAAUAAGCACUGUAGGCCCUUUCAGAGAGGCAUUUCAUGCAAACACACCUUAUGCAAUCAAGGCCAGUGUAUUAAUCUAGAUUCACAUCCCUAUUAUAAAUGUGACUGCGGAGCGUUUUAUAAAGGAGAUAACUGUGAAAUAGAAGACAAUCCCUGUAGCUACGAGAGGAACAACCCCUGCGGCCACGGAGAUUGUGAAUUUAUACCAGGAGUAAAUCAAAUUAACUGUAAAUGCCAUCCUGGUUGGACAACAAAUCCGAACCAGACAAACACGAAAUACACCUGGAAUGGUGUAGAGGUUCAUAUGACUCCAGCGUGUUUAGGUACAAAGUAG